CUUUUUAAUAAAAAAAAAAUCGACGGACUUCCGGUCCGGCGCUUUCUGGCCCCGGCUGGGAAACCGGAUCCCGGAGGGUCUUUGGUUCCACCUUGCAAACCUUGCUGGGCUUAAGACCAAGUUGUCCUAUCAUUAAGCGUCUUCUUUGGGGCACAGCCAAAGAGAAUGGCUUCCGAGGAAUACAGACCCCUUUUGGAGACCCCUAACCCAGAGACGGAAUUGAAUGCUGCUGGAAGACCUUCUCAGUUGGAAAUUUAUUUGAGCAAAGUCCAAAACCACAAUCUCUACUUGGCAACCUUCGCCGCUGUUUUAGGACCGCUAAGUUUCGGCUUCGUCUUGGGCUACAGCUCGCCGGCUAUCCCUAGUUUGAAGCGAAGCAACAAUCCGGAACUAAGACUAGACGACACGCAAGCGUCAUGGUUUGGGUCUGUGGUCACUCUGGGGGCCGCAGCUGGCGGGACACUUGGAGGAUACGUGGUGGACAAAAUUGGCCGGAAACUUAGCCUUAUGCUCUGCACAGUACCGUACGUUUUUGGUUUCUUGAUCAUCGUCUCGGCCCAAAACAUCUGGAUGCUUUAUCUGGGACGGCUGCUGUGUGGCUUGGCCAGUGGUGUCACAUCUUUGGUAGUUCCGAUAUAUAUAUCCGAAACGUCUCACUCCAAGAUCCGAGGAGUCCUUGGCUCGUGCGUUCAGCUGAUGGUGGUGACUGGCAUCCUGGGAGCUUACCUAGCAGGCAUGGCUCUGGAGUGGCGUUGGCUGGCGGUGUUAUGCUCCAUCCCUCCCUGUUUCCUGCUGGGGCUCAUGGCUUUCAUGCCCGAAACCCCUCGCUUCCUGCUACGUCAGAAUCGGCAGUCGGAAGCCAUCGCGGCUUUGCAAUUCCUGCGGGGCCCACUGGUGGAUCACGAGUGGGAAUGCCGGCAGAUUGAAGCCAACGUCAACGAACAGCAAGAAAUGAGCAUCGCUGAGUUCAAGAACCCCUCCAUCUACAAGCCGUUCCUGAUUGGAGUGGCCAUGAUGUUCUUCCAGCAAGCAUCUGGCAUCAACGCCUUGAUGUUUUACGCUGAAACGAUCUUCGAAGACGCCAACUUUAAGAACAGCAGUGCUGCUACCGUCAUCGUUGGCUCCAUCCAAGUCAUCUUCACAGCAAUGGCCGCUCUCAUUAUCGAUAAAACCGGACGAAAAAUUCUUCUGAUCAUCUCAGGAGCGAUCAUGGCUGCCAGUGCAACGGUGUUUGGGAUCUAUUUUAGAAUUACCGUCCCCAGCCCCAGCAAUUCCUCCCAUCUCCAGCUGCUGAACACCCCCCUUAUGGAGGAAGGGCACCCCCUGGCCUGGUUAGCAGUGCUGAGCAUGAGUUUCUUCAUUAUGGGUUUUGCCUUGGGCUGGGGUCCCAUCCCCUGGCUGGUGAUGUCCGAAAUAUUCCCCCUCAGGGCCCGAGGAAUCGCCAGCGGGGCCUGUGUCCUCACCAACUGGCUCAUGGCUUUCCUGGUCACCAAGGAGUUCCAUGACCUCACGGUUCUCCUAACUCCGUAUGGGACCUUCUGGUUAUUCUCCUCCACCUGUUUGCUCAACGUGAUCUUCACCAUCGUCUGCGUUCCCGAAACGAAAGGGAAAAGUCUAGAAGAGAUAGAGGCGCAUUUUCGCAGGCCGCGUUAGGAACCCCGGCGCACAAUAUUUUUUAUUUUUUUUCCCCCCUUCAUCGUGGAUUUCGCUGAAUUGGUUGGCGAAAACGUUGGUUGGCGAGGCCAAAAAAGCCUUCCGUUCUUUUCAUUUUCCGAGGAGAUUGAUCUGAUGAAGAUGGCGUCACGGUUCGGGCCACUCUUUAACUCUCACCAAGACGGCACGAAAAUGUCAUUAAUGAAAGCGGUGCUAUUUUUUGUGAUCUGCAGGGCCCCGGGUGCUCAGAUUCCCUAACGUAAAUCUUUUGCCUUUUGACAUUUGAAACGAGGAUGCUGUUUUGAGUGUGGCUUCAAUAAACGACUGUUAAAAACCA